AUGACAAUUGGCUCCGGAAUGCUACUUCUGCUGCUGCUUCCCUUCUGUGGCUCGGCGAGGGCGCACAAUGGGGAUCUUACAGUCAGACCCACUUGCAAGCCUGGCUUUUCAGAAGAAGAUUACACAGCUUUGGUUUCGCCAAAUAUCGUGGAAGGGCAGAAGUUACUCAAAGUGAAAUUUAGUGACUGUCCUGGGAACAAUGGAAUUCGGUUCGAAACCAACAACUUGGACUUCAAAGUGAGGACAGAUGGGACCAUAUAUGCUGCCCACCAGGUGCAAAUCCCCUUGAAGCAGACAGUGUUUAUGGUAACUGCAUGGGACCACCAGACCCUAGAGAGAUGGGAGACAAUGGUCAGAUUACUGGUUGGGGAGAAAACACAGCACAAUGGACACAAGCCGCAAAAAGGGAAGAAAAAUGCAUCUACGGAUCUUGCACCGCAACCGAGUGACACAUUAAUACCGUGGCGCCAGCCCCAGAACUCUAACGGGCUGAGAAGGCAAAAGAGAGACUGGGUCAUCCCACCAAUCAAUGUGCCAGAAAACUCAAGAGGGCCCUUCCCUCAGCAGCUGGUUAGGAUUCGUUCCGAUAAGGACAGUGAGAUCCAUAUCAGGUACAGCAUCACUGGAGUAGGAGCUGACCAACCACCUAUGGAAGUCUUCAGCAUUGAUCCUGUGUCUGGCAGAAUGUAUGUGACACGUCCAAUGGACAGAGAAGAAAGAGCCUCCUACCAUCUGAGGGCUCAUGCAGUGGAUAUGAAUGGAAACAAGGUGGAGAACCCCAUUGACCUCUACAUCUAUGUGAUUGAUAUGAAUGACAACAGGCCUGAGUUUAUAAACCAAGUCUAUAAUGGAUCUGUUGAUGAAGGAUCUAAACCAGGGACCUAUGUGAUGACGGUGACUGCAAAUGACGCUGAUGAUAGUACUACAGCCAAUGGGAUGGUGAGAUACCGGAUUGUCACUCAGACCCCACAGAGUCCAUCACAAAAUAUGUUUACCAUUAAUAGUGAAACAGGAGACAUUGUCACAGUGGCUGCUGGACUUGACAGAGAGAAAGUUCAGCAGUACACAGUCAUCGUUCAGGCUACAGAUAUGGAAGGAAAUCUUAACUAUGGUCUCUCAAACACAGCAACUGCAAUCAUUACGGUGACAGAUGUGAAUGACAACCCACCAGAAUUCACUGCCAGCACUUAUUCCGGGGAGGUUCCUGAGAACAGAGUGGAAGUUGUGGUUGCAAAUUUGACUGUGGUGGACCGGGACCAGCCUCACUCCCCCAACUGGAACGCCGUGUACCGUAUUAUCAGUGGAGAUCCUUCUGGUCAUUUCACCAUUCGGACGGAUCCAAUUACCAAUGAAGGCAUGGUAACUGUGGUGAAGGCUGUCGAUUACGAAAUGAACAGGGCUUUCAUGCUGACAGUGAUGGUGUCAAACCAAGCUCCACUAGCAAGCGGAAUCCAGAUGUCCUUCCAGUCUACAGCAGGAGUCACCAUUUCAGUCACGGAUAUCAAUGAGGCACCCUAUUUUCCAACGAACCACAAGUUGAUCAGGCUGGAGGAAGGGGUGCCCAUGGGGACGGCAUUGACAACAUUUUCAGCUGUGGAUCCUGAUCGCUUCAUGCAGCAAGCAGUAAGAUACUCCAAGCUGUCAGAUCCUGCAAACUGGCUGAACAUUAAUGCCACAAACGGUCAGAUCACUACUGCUGCUGUCCUUGAUCGAGAGUCAGUCUACAUUAAGAAUAAUGUCUAUGAGGCCACGUUCUUGGCGGCUGACAACGGUAUCCCCCCAGCAAGUGGCACUGGCACUCUGCAGAUCUAUCUAAUUGACAUCAAUGAUAAUGCUCCUGAGCUCCUGCCAAAGGAGGCACAGAUCUGUGAAAAGCCAAACCUGAAUGUCAUCAACAUAACAGCCGCAGAUGCUGACAUCGAUCCAAAUGUUGGGCCCUUUGUCUUCGAGCUGCCAAGUGUGCCAUCUGCAGUCAGGAAGAACUGGACCAUAACAAGGCUAAAUGGUGACUAUGCCCAGCUCAGUUUGCGAAUAAUGUAUCUGGAAGCUGGUAUGUAUGAUGUCCCAAUUGUCGUGACGGAUUCAGGGAACCCUCCCUUGUACAACACUUCCAUCAUUAAAGUGAAGGUGUGUCCAUGUGAUGAGAAUGGAGACUGCACUACCAUCGGGGCUGUCGCUGCAGCUGGCCUGGGAACAGGUGCCAUCAUAGCGAUCUUGAUAUGCAUCAUUAUUUUACUAACCAUGGUCUUGCUGUUUGUGGUGUGGAUGAAACGCAGGGAAAAGGAGAGGCAUACGAAGCAACUUCUGAUCGACCCUGAAGAUGAUGUGCGGGACAACAUUCUGAAAUACGAUGAAGAGGGAGGUGGAGAGGAAGACCAGGAUUAUGAUUUAAGCCAACUUCAACAGCCGGAGACUAUGGAUCAUGUACUGAACAAGGCACCUGGAGUCAGACGAGUGGAUGAGAGACCCAUUGGUGCUGAACCCCAGUAUCCUAUAAGACCAGUAAUCCCCCAUCCUGGGGACAUUGGUGACUUUAUUAAUGAGGGCUUGAGAGCAGCAGAUAAUGACCCUACAGCCCCACCGUAUGAUUCCUUGCUGGUCUUCGACUACGAGGGGAGUGGAUCUACUGCAGGCUCUGUCAGCUCCCUCAACUCCUCAAGCUCCGGUGAUCAGGAUUACGACUACCUUAAUGACUGGGGGCCUAGGUUCAAGAAACUGGCGGACAUGUAUGGGGGAGGCGAGGAAGAUUAA